UAGUUUCUAUAGACGUUAUUGUCUUUUUUUCCAUUUGGCAUUUACGUUGUUCCCCCUCGGUCUUGUUCGACGUUAACUUUAAUGUUCAUUGUUCAUUCUUUGUUCUGUUUCUAUUAUUUAGUCUUCGCGAAUCUGAUAGUUUGUAGCGCUAUGGUACGUAGAUACUGUCUAUGAUGACGGUAGCUUAAUAGUUUUGUAUUAUUAAGUUAUUGUUAAUUGUUUGUCCAUCACAUUUUUAUUGUUACGAUAACAUUUUAAAUUCAAAAUAAUGUUUUGUUCAAAAAGUAUUUUUUCCUGAAAAAACAGAUCAGACAACUUAUAAGUUAUAAAUUAUAAUCAACAUUCAAGAACAUUGUCCGGUUGCAUAUAAUUACGAGAAUUACCUAUAUUUUUUCGAAAUUCCAAAUCAUAAUUUUUGAAAAUCAAUUUAACACGGAGAAUGUGGUAAUUGAAAUCAAGCUGAUUAUAUAAUAGGAACUGACGAUUGGUAUGAACCAAGAAAGAAAAAUGAGUGAACAAUUAAAAUUAAAUGGUCGAGAUGGUGUUGAUAUUGAAUUGUAUUCAUUUUAAAUACCAGAACAUUGAUGAAAAUCAAAUAAUUAUUGGUUAUAAAGAAUAUUUGUUUUAUUUAGUUAAAGAAAAAGAUGUGUUAUAUGAAACAAAAUAUGAUUCAAGUGUACAUGAAGAUUUUAAUAACACCAAUGAAAAAUUUGAUAUACCAUGUAAAGAAGAAGAUGGGUUGUAUGAAAAAAAAUAUGAUUUAAGUGUACAUGAACAUUUCAACAACACCGAUGAAGAAAUUGAUAUACCCAAUAUUGGUUUCUUUCCAAAAGAAUUGCUAUUAGAAGAACAGCGAUUAAAGGAAGAUCACACGAAAAAAGAUGAAGAAUCCUUGGUAAAUGAUUUAGAUGAAAAAGAAAGGAAAGUAAGAUUUCAAAAUUUACUUACACUAUUAAGAAAUAGUAUUAAAUUGUCCAAUCUUUUUGAAUCCAGAUUAAAAAAAUGUAAACUUCAAAUUAUUAAAAAGGAAUUAGGUAAAGCUAAGAAAAUGAAAGAAAAUGUGCCAAGUCUUAAAGAUGAAUCGACUAAGAUUACAGAUAACCAAUCAAUUGUAGAUGUCAAUGAAGAAGAGUAUUAUUUAAGCUUAUUUCAACAACCAAAAUUAUUUCAUGGGAAUCUUAAAGCCCACCAAAUUGAAGGUCUUCUAUGGAUUAGAACUUUGUAUGAAAAUGGUUUGAAUGGUAUUUUAGCUGAUGAAAUGGGACUUGGUAAAACUGUACAAACUAUAGCUUUCUACUGUUUUCUUUUGGAAAUGGGAAUAACUGGACCAUUUCUUGUCAUUGCUCCACUAUCUACAAUUCCCAACUGGCUGUCGGAAUUUUCAAAAUUUUCCCCUAAGCUUCCAACUGUUUUAUACCAUGGUACGGAAAGUGAACGCAUUGGGUUGCGACCAAAGUUCAAAAAUACUCAAAAGGUUAAUAACUUAAACUGUCAACCAGUUGUAAUAACUACUUAUGAUGUCGUUCGUCGCGAUAUAACAUAUUUGAAAAAUAUUGAUUGGAAAUUCAUUACAAUUGAUGAAGGACAAAAAGUGAAGAACGCCAAUUCCCACAUAUCCAAAUGUAUGCGUGCAUUUAAUUGUACCAACAAGCUCAUACUUACAGGGACACCCAUUCAAAAUGAUAUGUCAGAAUUAUGGUCAUUAUUGAAUUGGUUGAUGCCUAAAAUUUUUGAUCAACUAGAAGAUUUUAACUCAUGGUUUGUUAUUGAUAAGUUUUUUGAUUCUAAUGACAAAAUUGUUAAUAUGGUCAAAAAGGAUGAAUUAUUAGACAUCAUUCUAAAGAUAUUAAAACCCUUUAUUUUGAGACGGGAAAAAAAUGAAACUGAUCUAAACCUCCCACCGAAGAAGGAAAUUGUUAUUUAUGCUCCACUUACAGAAACACAAAAACAAUUAUAUGAAGCAACUUUGAAUAAACAAAUGGAAAUUUUACUGAAUAAAAAAAAGGAUACUGAAGAUCUUAUUCUAGAAGUAAAUAGUAAGAGAAGGUGCGUGGAAAGUAUAAUAAAAUACACUGAUCUAAAUGCUAUUAGAGUAAAUGUGCCAGAAAUAGAUCCUCAAGUUAAAAAUAUGGCUAUUUCAGUUCAUAUGCAAAAUCCAUUUAUUCAGUUGAAGAAAAUUGUUAAUCAUCCAUAUCUUGUACAAAUGCCUUUAAUUCCGGGGGAAAAUAAAUUACUUGUUGAUGAGAACAUUACCAAAGUUAGUGGUAAAUUUCAGUUACUUGAUGCUAUGUUAACAAAAUUGAAAAUACUUGGCCAUAAGGUGUUGCUAUUUUCUACAAUGACACAGUUAAUGGAUGUAAUUGAAGAGUUUUUGAUGUUUCGUAAGUUUUCGUUUACCAGAUUGGACGGAACUAUGAGUAUUCAACUUAGAGUUGAUGCAAUGACUACAUUUAACAGUGAUCCAGAAUGUUUUUUAAUGAUGAUAUCAACACGUGCAGGUGGACUUGGCUUAAAUUUAACGUCAGCAGACACUGUUAUUUUAUUCGACAGCGACUGGAACCCACAAGUUGACUUGCAAGCUCAAGAUAGAUGUCAUAGAAUGGGCCAAACAAAACCGGUUGUUGUAUAUCGGUUUUGUUCUAAGAACACUAUUGAUGAAAGAAUAUUGAAUUUUGCGACUGCAAAAAGAAAACUAGAAAAAAUGAUCAUUGGCAGUGGUUCAUUUAGUAGAACUGCAACACUUACCAUGUCAAGUAUUGAAGAUCUGAUGACUUUAUUGAAAUCAUCAGAGUACACUAAGAAAAUACAACCAAAUGGAUUUAUCUUGUCUGAUGAAGAAUUGGAUGCCAUUUUAGAUCGAUCUGAUAUGUACAAUUCAGCGUCAAUGACACUUGCUUCUCACACUGCUGAACACUUUAAAGUAUUAACAAAUUCCUAAAUAUUUUUUGUUCUACUAGUGUUUGUUAUAAGAAUUACUUAGUUAAAUGUCACUUUUAAUGUUAUUUUUACAUUGGUAUAAUAUAAAUUUUUUAUGUCAAAUUAAAUAUAGUUUAAAGUUUAUUAUAAGACAAUUAAUACCUAAUAUUCAUUUAAUUUUAUGAGUGUAUUAAAUAAAUAAUUAUACUUAAAUGUUUAAAUAUAAAAUAAACUUGUCAUUUUCUCAAAAAUUAUUUGUACAUAAAUAUGUUUUAGUUAUGAACAUUAAUAUAUUGUGACAAUUAGUAUCUGAACAUAUUUUUAUUGCAAAAUAUUA